AUGGUUUUUGAACCAAAUCUCCUUACUUACAAGGAUCUCCUUCGUGUUGUUCAAAUCACGACUCCAACUCUUUUUGCCGAACAGGAUUUUCUGAAUAUGUACUUCAGAGACAUUUACAAACCAAUCCCCUCGACCUACAACCUUGUAUUGGCUAUGCUUUGGCGUCAUCCUGAACAUGUUGACCUUGACCAAAUCAGUGUUGUUCAUUACUGUGCUAAUGGUUCAAAGCCUUGGAAAUACAAUGAGGCUGAAGAGCAUAUGGAUCGAGAAGACAUACAAAUGUUGGUGAAAAAAUGGUGGGAGAUUUACGAGGAUUCGAGUUUAGACAACAAAUACUUCGUUGAGACUGACUCUAAGCAGAAUCCGAUCACUGCACCCUUGGCUUCCAAAGAAUAUGUUGGUGUUGUUCUUACCAACCUUGCCCCUUCCGCCGCAUAA